CCCUGUCCGGCUUCCGCUUCCGGUCCCCGGGACACACGAGCUCGGGCCCGUCCCUCUCUCAGACGGCAACGAGGGACCCAGACCGAGACCAGACGGCGCCCUGCAGACGGGACUUCCGGUGACACAGGGAAACCCGAGCCGAUGAAGUCGCCGGCGUGGGCGUGGCCGCCGUUCCCGGAAGCGGAAGCCCUGGCGCCGCUGCGGCUGCUGCGGGGAAAGCGCGUGGUGCUGGCUAGCGGCUCCCCGCGGAGGCGGGACAUCCUGCUGCGCGCGGGCGUGCGCUUCGACGUCGUCCCCGCCCACUUCCGGGAGGACCUUGCGAAGGCGUCGUUUCCGGCCCCGCCCGCCUACGCCGUGGAGACCGCGCGCCGGAAGGCGCUGGAGGUGGCGGCGCGGCUGCGUGCGGACCCACGGCCCCCGGAAGUCGUCAUCGGCGCCGAUACCGUGGUGGCCCUGGACGCGCAGAUCCUGGAGAAGCCCCGGGACGCGGCUGACGCCCUGCGGAUGCUGCGCAGUCUGAGCGGCCGCCAGCACAGCGUCAUCACGGGCGUGGCCGUCGUGCGCCCGACGGGGGCGGGGAACCCGGGAACGGAGAGACCGGAAGCGGAAGCGAACCCGGAAGCGGAAGCGGAAGUAAACCCGGACGCGGAAGUAAACCGGGAAGUGCACCCGGAAGUGGAUGCGGAAGUGACGCUGUUCCACGAGGAGGCGCGCGUCACCUUCCUCCCGCUGUCCGAGGCGCAGCUGCGCGACUACGUGGCGACCGGGGAGCCGCUGGACAAGGCCGGCGCCUACGGGCUGCAGGGCGGGGCCGCGGCGUUCGCGGAGCGCGUGGAGGGCGACGCCCUGGCCGCCGUGGGAUUCCCCCUGCGCCGCUUCUGCAGGGAGCUGGCGGCCAUCUUCCCGGAAGCGACCGCGCCCCCGCCACAGUGACCGCCCCGCCCUCGGGCCACGCCCCGUCGCCCGUCACUCAAGCGCUGAGCCCCGCCCCUCGUCAAUAAAAACUCAGAGUUCA